ACCAGCCACAAACUCUGCCCUCACUGCUGCUCUGAGCCUCCUAGACCAAGAACUGGAGUCUAAGGUGGGCCCCCUUCCUAGUCCCGGGAGGCCACAGAGCCAGCCGCGCCGAGUGAGCCUCUCCCCGGCCCCAGCCCCGUCCGGGGCCGCGCCUGGCCCCCACCUCUGUCUCCAGACCGGCGCUCUUGAGACUCAAGUCCUGUCCGCGGGCCCAACGGGACGAUGACCUUGGCCCACCCCAAAAGGGGCCUUCUGAUUCUGCUGAUGGCCUUGGGCCUGACCCAGGGGAACCCUGUGAAGCCCUUUCAGAGGCAGUUGGUGACCUGUAUGUGUGAAAGCCCACACUGCAAGGAUACCACUUGCCAGGGGCUCUGGUGCACAGUGGUGCUGUUUCUGGAUGAGGAGGGUCACCGCCGGCAGUUCCAGGGCUGUGGGAGCCAGAAUGAGGAGCUCUGCUGGGGGCGUGCCACCGAGUUCGCCAACCAUUUCUGCUGCUCCCACUCCUUCUGCAACCAAAAUGUCUCCCUGUCGCUGGAGACUACCGAGACUCCUCCGGAGCAGCCAAAAGCAGAUAGCCAGCUGCCUCUUAUCCUGGGUCCCGUGCUGGCCUUGCUAGUGCUGGUGGCCUUGGGUGCUCUGGGCCUGUGGCAUGUCCGGCGGAGGCAGGAGAAGCAGCGAGGCCUGUACAGUGACCUGGGUGACUCCAGCCUCGUCCUGAAAUCGUCUGAGCAGAGGGACAACAUGUUCGGGGAAUUCCUGGAUAGCAGCUGCACCACAGGCAGUGGCUCAGGGCUCCCCUUCCUGGUGCAGAGAACGGUGGCACGGCAGGUCACCCUGGUGGAGUGUGUGGGAAAGGGCCGCUAUGGUGAGGUGUGGCGGGGCUUGUGGCAUGGUGAGAGUGUGGCUGUCAAGAUCUUCUCCUCGAGGGAUGAACAGUCCUGGUUCCGGGAGACGGAGAUCUACAAUACAGUGUUGCUCAGACAUGACAACAUCCUAGGCUUCAUCGCCUCAGAUAUGACCUCGCGAAACUCGAGCACGCAGCUGUGGCUCAUCACACACUACCACGAGCACGGCUCCCUCUAUGACUUCCUGCAGAGGCAGACGCUGGAGCCCCAGCUGGCCCUCAAGCUAGCUGUAUCCGCAGCCUGCGGCCUGGCACACCUGCACGUGGAGAUCUUCGGCACCCAGGGCAAGCCAGCCAUUGCCCACCGCGACCUCAAGAGCCGCAAUGUCCUGGUCAAGAGCAACCUUCAGUGUUGCAUCGCGGACCUGGGCCUGGCUGUGAUGCACUCCCAGGGUAGCGAUUACCUGGACAUCGGCAACAACCCGAGAGUGGGCACCAAGCGGUACAUGGCACCUGAGGUGCUGGAUGAGCAGAUCCGCACUGACUGCUUUGAGUCCUACAAGUGGACCGACAUCUGGGCUUUCGGCCUGGUGCUGUGGGAAAUCACUCGGCGGACCAUUGUCAACGGUAUUGUAGAGGACUACAAGCCACCCUUCUACGACAUGGUGCCCAAUGACCCCAGCUUUGAGGACAUGAAGAAAGUGGUGUGUAUUGACCAGCAGACUCCCACCAUCCCCAACCGGCUGGCUGUAGACCCGGUCCUCUCAGGCCUGGCUCAGAUGAUGCGGGAGUGCUGGUACCCCAACCCUUCUGCCCGCCUCACUGCACUUCGCAUCAAGAAGACCCUACAGAAACUCAUCCAAGGCUCAGAGAAGCCCAAAGUGAUUCACUAGCCCAGGACUGCUGGACUCCGGCCUGCAGGGAGUCAAGGUUCCUGCCUGAAGGAUUCUAUCUCCGUUGGAUUUUGGGUCAAAGUCCUUCAGAGACUCCCAGGGCAGAAAUUGAAGGC